AUGCACGAUCUCUUGGCAAUGGCUUACCACGUGCAGCUCCUAGAACUGGACCACCAAACCUGGCCUCGGCGCCUCCCAAUCCUCAAGCAGGAACAGCAGCAGCUGCCGAUGGCGAAGGACAUCUGCCGCUUCGUCCUUGCUCUCUUGGAAACCACAAAGCAGAAUAUUCUCUCUCCUAAUUAUCUCCGAGUCACGUCAGGGCUGACUGGCUUCAUUGCUUACCGGUUAGUUUUCAUAUUCUCACGAUUAGGUGCAAACAUGAGCAGAAGGUCAAGAAGGGAAAACGUUGCUAAGGAGGAGAAGGAAGCAUUCAAAGCUCUCCUUCGGAAACACUCUCCAGUUCCUGAAAUCAAGAAGUCUGAUUCAGUCACCAACAAAGCUAAAUCAGAUUGCUGGCAAAAAAUCCAUGUUCCCAUGAAAGUCCUGUUUCCCGCUAACGAACCUAUAAAGGUCCCUCAGCUCAAAAAACUCUGGGAGAGAAUGAAAAUGGAUGUCAAGCAGGAUUUGGACGCUUAUUCAUUGAAGGUGAGUCUAUUUCUUAAGUAUACCAUCCAACCGGGCUUAUCUGGCAACCCUGCGAAAAGGUAA